UUCAUAUGGACGGAAGCCGUCUCCAAUAUGCUCACCGAGUAACGUGAAUCUCCCGUCCAUUUUACUGUAGGAAUACUUUUAUAAAACCCAUUUCAGUAGGGAUCACAAUAAUGAAGUGAGAUGUUUGUCAGCAAUAACAUGUUCGUUGUCAAUGGAGACAAUGGGAAUCUUCCCAGUGGCCAGAUAUUACAUGAGUUGGGCUACAAGAAUGAACAUCAUGAACUCCCUAAUACUCAAAUACAUGAAAAUCGUUCCUUAGAAAUUAUUGAGAGUACUCACGAUCCAGACAGGAAUAUUGGUGCUGACAGAUCCGGAUCGGGUCCAGUUGCUAUCCCGUACAAAAUAAAUAUGGAAAUGGAUGUAAUGAAUAACGAUAUUUUGGAUUUAUCCAAACCAAUAAGGGGGUAUCCAUUGAGAAAAGGUGUUUCCAAUAUAAGUUUAGACAGUUUAAAUGAUAACUAUAUGGAUACGGUUGAUACGCUUAAGACGAUGUCUCAAGGUAGCGGCUCUCGUGAAGGUAGUCUGGAAAAUUUACUGGAGUUAAGUCGGACGAUCCAAGAUUACCAUACAGCUGAACAGUUCUCAGAAUUUGAAAGAUGGAACAAUUUGGUGAAUCUUAAAAAAAGUGCAACUAAUUAUGUCGCUGAUGAUCUUCAUUGUGAUACUGCAAGCGAAGACACAAAUUUUGUUGACCUUGCCAAUUCUGAGGGGCCUUGCUUAGAAACUGCACGUGAAUCACUCGCCAAAAAAGAACCCCUUUUUUUUGGUGAUUUUAACCAGACACAGAAAUGUAGAAGUAUUUCAUCGCAGAUACACCAUCAACUUUAUGGUCCACUCCUCCAUUCUGCGCCGGUUGAAAAUUCUUUCAGCAAUUCUACUAUGAGUAUUACAACAACCAGUUCGCUUAAAUCUGCUGAUUUUGCAUCAAGUCCUGAAAGCUACGAGAUGCUGUACAAAAGUUUUGAGAUUGCUGCCUAUAUGGAUGAAGAGGAUCGGAAGCAAGGGAGGCAGUUGUCACCUUCUGUUCCAAACAUUGAAAUGUUAUCGCCCAAAUUACAAAGACUUCGGCAAAUGUGUGACGGUAUGCCUACAUCUCCUAAACCUAAUUUUUGUUCACAUCGUGAAAGUCUAGAACGGUUUGAAGAGGAAGAAGCAAAAGCCGAAUUAGCUAGUCGUAAGGUGACAUUUGCUGAUUUAGCUCAGCAAAAGAAAAAACAAGAACAAGAAGAAGUCAGACCACAGUCACUGCCUUUCCAACCAAGCCAACAUUGGACAGAACUUUUAAGUUCUUCUAGGACUCCAGACUAUGCAAUGCAAUUUCACCAAACUGACGGAUUGUCUCCAAGACGACCACAUACACUUCCAAUCGGACUGAGGCAUGUUACAAAACCUUCCAGUCGACCCUUUCCUAAAGAUGUUACUCCAGAAUGUGUAAAAAGCCAGGAAAACGUUCAUUGUGACAAACUAGAGUCUAGAGUAUCUAGAACGUUUAGUGCCCCGGAAGGAUUUACUCAAUAUAACCAAGACUAUGGCGUAAAGAACGAAAAUGAUAAUAUGUAUCAUUGUUUUGAAAAACCUGCUUUCUACGCUGCUGAGAACUGCAACCCAGUCAAAGUCAAACAAAGCCAAAAAAAUCAAAUUCUGGAGCAGGAUUUACUGGGAGAGGUCGUGUACGUACAAAACAAACCACUCAAGCCUAUUUACAUGGUGGAUGCCGACUACAACAGACGAAAAGGACUCUCUCCUCCACCUGGCCUUAUCUCAGCACCAGUUCCAAUACCAUUACCACAACCUAUAACUGGAUGUCAAAAACCAGCUCUGCCUCCAAGUAUUGAUUAUGCCGAUCCACCAACUUUCUUUGGUUAUGACGUCCCACCAAUUGAUAUCCCAAUCUCUGCGUAUGAAGAGUUUGAUAACUGCAUUGAGAUUGAUAUCUCACAGAAAAAAGGAUUUGUAUCUGCCAUGAAUUGUGCUGUGGAUAUUGUUGUAAAUCACUUUGGUAAAACAAGAGAUCCUCUUGAAAAGCGCAAACUUGGUGAUACAGAAUGUACCCCUGACAUUGGUCACAUGAUACUGCAGUAUGUAUGUCCUGGAAUUGCUUCCAUACUUACUGAUGGUCUCCAACCCUAUGGACGAAGUGUUAUAGUUGGGAGAAUUAAAAAUAACAUCUGGAAUGUCGUGGAAGCCACCACUAAGUUAGGACCAGGCACUAAACAGUUGAAUGAUGUUGUAGCACAUAUAAUUAACCUAAAAAACCUGACAGAUUCUAUGGUGAAGUUUAAUGCAUUCAUCUUUGGUUUACUAAACACUGGAUGUCUGGAACAGUGGCUGCUGCAUUUGAAUUCAAGGGAAGAUAUCUUGGAUGGUUUUUACAAACCUGAUGCCUUUUUGGUCCUCUGCAAAUCACCAUUGAAACAGCUAUUUGAUGACUUGGUCUUAGCCAUUCUACCAUUAACAAUCCUACCUUUCAAACUAGACUAUAAGUUUGAAUACAACUACAUCCAAGAGAUGAAACUUCGAGACAAAGGCAAACAGAAAUUACAAGAAGAGUUUGAGAAGGCAAACACCUUCUCGCCAUUUCAACUGAUGAAGAAGAUGACACAGAAGACAAGACAGAAAAUUGCCCAGUCAUCGAAACAAGGUUGCACCAUGCCAGAUAACUUCUCAGCUAGUGAUGCUAACUCUGGUGCUGGGGGAGGAUGGUCUGUUGGAUGGAUGAAAAGCUUGGUAUCAUCAGGAUGUAAGGAAGAUGACGUUAGUCAGAAGUAUCCCCCAAUCACAGCUUCACCAGUGAAGAAGGGAAUGUGUCUACCUAGACUAAAGGUUGAUACUUCUAGUAAGAUGGAUCAGACACCAAAAUGGAGUUUAUUUGGACCAAGUGUUGCCAAGGCACUUAAUAACAUAAAAGAUGACACCCCUACACUAGGCAUGAAAAGUAUCUUAUCACUCACACCCCGUAGCAGACGCAGGAUGCUUGGUAAGGAAAAAGCCAUACCAGAUCAUUUUGCAGAAGAACUGAUGGGACCACGACCUGACCCUGCGGGAUCCUCUGACGGUUACUCAUCGUCGCCAGAGUGGAACAUAUCAUGUACACGCAAGGUUUUAGUUCGAAGAAAAACCAGGUCUAAGACAGCGAGGGUCGUUUAA